AUGGGCCAUCAUCUCUUCCUCUUCCUCCUCUCGCUGGCUCUUCUCAUGAUCACUAUCACGAGCGCCGCAGGCCAUGCUCAAGCUGCUGCCGUCACCCAGCAGCAGGAGACAGGUGUGGGGAGCAUGAUGAGGAGCAUGGUUGGGUCUCGGCCGCCGAGCUGCGCGGGGAGGUGCUGGUGGUGCGAGGGCCGCCACUGCGAGGCCGUGCAGGUGCCCAUCACUCCGCAGGACCUGCAGGAGAAGAGAGGCCAUGGCCAUGGGAGCUCAGGAGGAGCGUCGUCACAUUCUUCUUCACUGCAGCCUUCCUCGUACGACGACCACUCCAACUACAAGCCGCUCAGCUGGAGAUGCAAGUGCGGGGGUGUGUUGUGA